AUGAGCGAGCAAAGGCAUGGCGGUGGCGGUGGCAUUGAGAGCGGACACUUCUCCGCCCAUACAAGAAACAAGUCGAUCGAAAACGAAACCCUAACAGCAGAGGCGGCUGUCGAGACGAGAACCUCACCCCCUGAGCCUGAACGCCAGACCAUCCUCCCCGGCCAGAGCCAACAACCACUUGCCCCCCGGCGCCUCUCGACUAAUACGCCGACUCCUGCUCCGUCCUCCUCUUCAAGCACAGAUCGUCGUCAGUCGCGGCCUCAAAAGCUAGAACCCCCUGUCACAAAGGCGACCUUGAGCGAGCUGGACGUGAACAAGAUCAUCCACAACCCAAAACUACGCCAUGAUAUCAACUAUGACCCCGAGCUCCAUUUCCGUCCCAACUUUGACGGCGAAAAAGGGCGGAGAAAGCAAGAAAAGGCAAACCAGUUUUGGAGAGCGCUGUCAGAGCAGCUCCAACUGUUUGUUCUUGAUCCAGAGGCGUUCAGGGACCAUUUUGGGCACAAUGGAGAGUGGUGUCUGCCCCUGUUGCUGAAGUCCGUCAGGGAGAUAAUCCAGACACUCGUGCCACAGAAGGAUCGCGAAGUCCUGGACGAGGGCCUGAAUGUCGAGCUUUUGAUGCAGCAGUUCAAUAGGGGCGUUGCCGACCUGGAGAAACUGGCCUCGUGGCUCUCGGCCAUUUUGAAGCGCCACUGUGCCCCGAUGCGGGACGAGUGGGUUGACGAGAUGUACAACGAACUAAGCAGGGGCAACCGCAAUAACGACAUUGCCGAGCUCGUCAAGGGAAUGCGUACGCUUCUGAGCAUUUUGGAGGCAAUGAAGUUAGACGUCGCGAACCACCAGAUCCGAUCCCUGCGCCCUGUCCUGAUCGAGGAUACCGUGCACUUUGAGCAGAGGUUCUUCAUCAAAAAGGUCCAAGGCGGCAGGAUCAGCAUCGAUGCGGCAAGGGCAUGGUACCAGAGGGCACAGGACACUGCCGCGCAGGAAAGUUUAGAUCGUCCUCUUGUUUGCUCCCUGUCGUUCGGCGAGACGGCUGUUUUCUUUGGUGCCCUCUCAAAACUCGUCCUCCCGUCCACUCCGGUUGAGAGUUCCAGCUCCGGUGCCCAGCAAAACACCCUCCCAAACACCUUUCUCUUCGACGAGGACCGCUUCAUGAAGCUGCGAUCCGACAUGCACGACAGCAUCUGCCUCGAAAUCUGCAUGCGCCAAUACGAGGAACUCGAGGCGAUGGCGAGAUUCCCAGUCAUUGUCCCUUUCGGGGAAUUCGACCACGGUGCCGCCGCUCAGACCUCGAGGCCGUCGAGUUUUGUCUGGAGUGAUAGUGGGUCGACAAACCCAUCUCCCCGGAAUUCAGGAUGCCUCUUCGGGCUGCCGACUGGGGAUUCAGUCGAGCCGAGCCCGAGGACGCGUGGUCUCUACACUUCCCUGCUCGCCCUCCUCCACACCGCCCCGCCAGCCCCGCGUCCUGCUCAGCGAUGGCAUGGACUGUCUCAAGCCAUGGCCCUUCAGAUUCUGCGCUACGUCAACGUGCCACACAUCACCUCUUCCGAGUUCGAGGAGCACCUCAAGAGGAAGCUGGGCAAUUUGGAGGGGGACGCGUUUAGAGAGGUUGAGGAGUCUUUCCACAAACGCUUGUUGUCGGAACUGGCGACUCGCGUGAAAGAGUACAAGAACCUUUCCGGCGUUGGACUAUUCUCGCAUGCCACUGGAGGCCGAAUCAACGCACCCGGACGCACUUGGGAUUCUGGGCGAGACAAGGGCCGCCGCGGACGCGACGUGCUCGACAGCAACGGUUCCGUCCGGGAGCCCCGGGACGACGGCGGCGUCGAGGAUAUGGCUACACGCAUGGCUCACCUAGGGAUACUCCACUGGAGAGUCUGGGCGCCACUGGUAUACACUGGGGAUAUUCAGGGCGGGUGCGAAAUGACCACUGGAAGUGUAUGA